AUGACAAGUCCAAACUUUAACAUAUCAUCAGAGCUUGCUGUCAAGUACGAAACUGAUUACUCAGCUCACAAUUACCACCCAUUGCCAGUAGUAUUCACGAAGGCUAAGGGUGCGCAUGUGUGGGAUCCAGAAGGGAAGGAAUAUCUCGAUUUUUUGUCGGCUUACUCGGCAGUUAAUCAAGGACACUGUCACCCUAAGAUUGUGGAAGCAUUGGUUGACCAGGCUUCAAAAUUGACGUUAUGUUCGAGAGCAUUUUCGUCUGACGUGUUUGGGGUGUUUGCCAAGUACAUCACCGAGUAUUUCGACUACGAGAUGGUUUUGCCCAUGAACACCGGGGCCGAAGCGGUCGAAACUGGGUUGAAAUUGGCCAGAAGAUGGGGCUACGUUGAAAAGGGCAUUCCUGAAGACGAGGCUGUUAUCUUGUCGGCCGUCAACAAUUUCCAUGGGAGAACAUUAGGGGUUAUUUCUAUGUCGACCGAUCCUGAAGCUACCUCCAAGUUUGGACCUUAUUUACAAGGAGUUGGCCCUCAAAUUCCUGGCGAACCAAAGGGUACCUUGUUGAGAUAUGGGGAAAUUGAAGACGUCGAAAAGGCCUUCAACAAUGCUGGUGAUAAGAUUGCCGCAAUUUUAUUGGAACCAAUACAAGGAGAGGCUGGUAUUGUGGUUCCACCAGAAGGUUAUUUGACAAAAGUGCAAGCUUUAUGUAAGAAGCACAAUGUCUUGUUAAUCUGUGAUGAAAUCCAAACCGGGGUUGCUAGAACCGGGAAAAUGUUAUGCUAUGAGCAUUCUGCUAAUGUCAAACCAGAUGUCAUUUUGUUAGGUAAGGCAAUCUCUGGUGGUGUUAUGCCAGUGUCUGCGGUCUUGUCCUCCAAGAAGAUCAUGUUGUGCUUAGAGCCUGGUUCGCACGGUUCCACUUAUGGUGGUAACCCAUUGGCAUGUAGAGUGGCCACUGCAGCUUUACAAGUCGUCAAGGACGAGAACUUAGUUGACAGAUCCAAUAAAUUAGGCGAGUUAUUACGUUCUAAAUUAGAGGAAUUAAAGGCUAAGUCGAACGGCGUUAUAUCAGAAGUUAGGGGUAAAGGUUUAUUGUGUGCCAUUGUAAUUGAUGACUCCAAAACCAACGGUAGAACUGCCUGGGAUCUCUGCUUGUUGAUGAAAGACCAUGGUGUUUUAGCUAAGCCGACUCACGACCAUAUCAUUAGAUUGGCACCACCUUUAGUUAUAUCUGAAGCUGACUUAUUAAAGGGUGUUGAUUCGAUUGAAAAAUCAUUACUGGAAUUAAACGAUGCUCCAAAAGCCGCUCAUUAA